AUGGGUGUCUGUAUAGCUCCCGACUUCUCGUUCCGUGCUCGACCUUUGAUGUCUACGGGUGCGCUUGGUUUGCGAGAAGAAUCCUCGUAUCUUCCUGCUGUCCAUUCCCCCGUUUUCCGCACCACGUUCGUCCUCCAUGUGCGCGGUAUCACGCGAACACGUUCGACGCUCGUCGGAUUCUCGCUAGUUCGCCGUCAAGAAUGGCUGUGCGAUGCGCUAUACACCAUGCACUGCGCGCGGUACGUCUCGCCACCGCGCUCGUUGCGCAUUCUGACCAACCGACCGUGA